GUUUUGGUAUUCUGUCAAACCGUUCCAUCAAACAGCUGUUAUCGUUGUGCGAUACGCAGUAUUUUUGAAUCAUCUCGCGUUUUCUAGAAACGUUCUUCGAUUAUUAUCGGUAAUUCUUAUUAUGAAAUAGUCUGGAAUGGUUGUUUCGGUACAGCCAAUGCUAAAGGAUGGAUGACGCUGACAUUCACGUAUGCUCGUCGCUGGUCGACCAUCAGGAAAGCAACUCUUCAGCACCGGCCAACGAAAAGGAUCAUGUCAAAUCGAAGGCCAUCGUGCGUUUUCUGAACGUUCAAAGCACGGCUCCGUUUGCCCGGUUAAAAUGCAACACGGACCUGAACAUGCCUCCCUCGAACUGGCUCAGCAACUCCGCCAAUUCCUAUGGGCUCGGAAAGUUUCUCUCCCAUCAGGGAGGCUUCAGCAGUUUCCGGAUGGCGAACAUGUUCCCGGAUUGCGUCGGCGGAGUGGAUGUGGUGUCGGAUGCCGAGAAUAUCAAGAGGCUCCUGAAGUUGCCCUAUUCGAGGAAGAGCGUCAUAUCGAUGAUCGUGCAUAGAAUCGAAAAUACUUUGCUGAUCGAUGAGUUCGACGUGGCCAAAUAUUUACUACGACAGGAAGACACCGAAUGGCAGUGGUUGCGUCAGUUUAUUUAUGAGCACAUUUUGAACAGUCUGAGCGAUAGCGACAGGAAGCUAUUCAUCCAUACCAAGUCCAGAGAGGCUCUUGCACAGAAGUACUUAACUUCCAAGUUUUUAUACUACAGCUUAAGGGCGGAGGAAGAUGAAAAUGGCGAAGAGUUUGAAUUGGCGGAAGGGGAUGAUGGAGGAUGCCAGGAUUAUAAACCAUUACCUUUGGCUGGACCAGUACUUCCCGAACCAGACGAGGAAGAAAAUUGUCCGGAUCCUGGCCAAAGGAAUCACGUCUUCAACCGAAAUGUGGUGUGGACUUUUGAAGACAUCCGGAUGCUGAUUGGUACCGAUAUGCCCAUUUUUGGAGGGGCGAAUCGUCCAUGCAUUAGCCUUCGCUUGAGGGACCAGACAAAACCAAUCAAUGUGCUGACGGGAAUAGAUUAUUGGUUGGACAACUUGAUGUGCAAUGUACCGGAAGUGGUAAUGUGCUACCAUUUGGAUGGCAUUGUGCAGAGAUACGAGCUGAUCAAAACAGAAGAUUUACCCCAUUUAGAGGAUUCAAAAUUUUCCCCGAAAGUGAUACGUAACGUAGCGCAAAACAUCCUAGCUUUUUUGAAAGCCAACGCUACCAAGGCCGGUCACACGUAUUGGUUAUUUAAAGCGAAAAACGACGACGUCGUUAAGCUAUACGAUUUGACCACGCUGUGUGAGAACAAUGCCGCCGCCGGGGCACCAACCGAAGAGGAAGAAUCUGAGGCAGCCAUCCAGAAGAGCAACCAGAAUCCGUUUACGAUACCGGUGGCAAUGUUACUAUACACCGUGGCACGGAAUAUGAAAAAUUCCCCGGAAGGAAUCUCCGCAACGAAAGCCGGAGCAAUCAGAACUCUUCUGGACAAUUGCAUUACCCUUCUACCGAAGGAGAAAUACCCACAGAUAGUAACAUCCUCACAUUACAUUCUGUCCGAUUUGUAUAUCCCAGCGGAAACGGAUCCCGGUUCGCCAAAGUUCAACACUGUCAUUGAAGACGAUGACGAUGAAUCUAGUUCGUUAUUUGGCGAUCACACGGCUAGUGCCACUCCUCGGCAAGAGGACUACGCUGACGACGAACAUACCAGCAGUCGUUUAGAGGCUGCCAUCAAAAGUAUUGAAGAAACGCUACAGGAAUACAACGGAAGUGAUAGUUGGAGGUAUAACUCAAGACCACCGCCACUGAUCGGCGGAAUCGAUGAAAGAUGCGUAAAUGCUCUGCAGCACAUAGCUGACGGUUUGAGCUGUCUGCAGUAUUUCGACAGUAGCGAAGAGCAAAAGACAAAAGAAAAGGAGAAAGCUGAGGAAAAACGCAAGAUCUAUCACGAAGAAACACACCAAAAUAUGGCUAAAUCUGAGGACGCCAUUCCUCUACCGUAUAGUCCAUUGAAACCAGAGCCAAAGUUAGCCAAUCCUGGCGAAUCGAUUCCGAUGGGAUGGAAGGGAGGCGACACGAACGGUGAAUCAGAAGUUGAAUCUUCAAAGAAAGGCGCGAAGAAAAAAUCCAAACGGAAGGUUGAGAAAAAGCGAGUGGUGGUAGAUGGAACGACCUCGGAAGUCGACGCUAGAUCAUUGCUAUUGAAGGGUGAGAUAGGUGUGAUCAAAUCGUGGAACGUACACUUGAAGAUUCUUUUGUUCGAGAAGGCUUGUCUCACUUAUGCGACACUUGCCGAACUGAAUUAUUCUGAGGAGCGUUACGGGGCAACACUUCGCUUCUUCUAUGCGGCCGUCCGAUGCCAACAGGUUGUUACCAAGUACAUUUCCUGCGUAUCGUCGCAACGAAGUCUUUUGUUGGGUCGGAUAGGUGAUUGCUUCUUCCAGAUGGCCAAAAAGUGGGACAAUAUUGAUCAGUAUCUGAAGGAGUUCGAAGAGGACACUCGGGUAGAUCAACUAAUUAUGGACGAACUGGUCAAAGAUAUUGGAAUCGACGUGGAACAAUCGUUGCCUUUACCUACGGCGAAUGUCGAACAGUUGAUGAUAACAAGCUGCGGAUGUUACGAAACGGCUGUGGCAUGUGCUUCAAAGGACGCGAAAGGGGAACUUAAUCGCAGAUUGGGCAGUGUUCGGAAUGAGCUGGGCGUAAAAUAUAUGCAUUGGGCUCAGGAGGAGUAUCAGAAGUUUUGGGAGUUGCCUACCGAAGAAAUCGAAGUAUUUGAAAAGGCAGCUAAAGAGAAGGACUGCAAAAUUGAACCGUUGUACCAAGUUUUGGCAAAGAAGUCGUAUGACUCAUUGCAGAAAGGAGUUGCAUUGUUUGAAGCCGUAAAUGAUCCCACUAACCUGGCCUUUUUGCUUUGUAAUAUGGGGCGAUUUAUGCGCUUCCGGGCGCAUAUUCAUUUGGUUGGUGAAAGUCGAAACAAUGUUCACCUACAAAAGAAGUUUUACCACGAGGCAUUUGCAUACUACCAACGAGCAUUAGGAGUACUGGGUUCGAAAAAGGAAAAUCCAGAUCUGUGGUCGCUGGUUACGUGGGAGUUAUCAACAGCCACGUUCAAUCUUGCAAAGCAACUUCAAGAUUACAGCGGAGCAGACACCGACAAUACUCAAAGCCUCGAAGAGGUUGAACAGGAAGUGGUAGAGAUGCUUCAGAAAGCUCUGAAGAUCUGCGACCAGGAAACCAAUGGACCUCGUCAAGUGCUCUACUCGUUCCGGGCGGCGUUGAUCCAUCACAGGAUCGCCUCCUACUACCACUUCUCCUUCCGAUCGACUGCCGAGGAACACCGCCGCAAGACGGUACUGCAACUCUGUAAGUUACACUACGAGAAGGCAGUAAAAAUCUUCGAAAGUCUAAACGAGCCUCAGGAAUACCUGCAAAUCCAGAUGGAACGCAUCGCUCUGCAAGAAUACCAAUGUGAACUGGCUCAGACGAUUCCAGUCAAACUGCGCCACCUGCAGCAAGCGCUUGAUCUCGUCAAACAGUGUCGACCCACGAUCGAGUACCUUUCGACGACAAAAUCGUACACAACUAGUGCCACUAGCAACAACUUUAACUGUGACGAAAUUCAGAAACUGCUAGAUCUGCUCGAGAAACGGCUACAGGUUAUACUGAAAACGUUGGUCAAACUAUGCAUGCUUUCGGCUAGUGGCGCGAAGAAGACCGACAGCGAUCGUAUGGUCAACCAUUUCAAAGAGCUGUUUCGAAUAACCCUCCAAAAGCGCCCGGCUAAUACGGCCGAAGAUGUGGCCAACGGAACCAACAAUGUGAUUAAGGAGUAUGCCUUACAUCUAGCGAAUAUGCUGCAGAAAAUUUGUGAUUCAGAUACGAUUGAACAUUAAUUGUUAACCAUUAUUCAUUCGUUGUCUUGCGCCCAAGCUUUUCGCUGUCGUAAGUGUUUUACCGCAGAUUCAGAUUCAGAACGUUUUAAAUCUUAAUCCAGUGCUAAUUCUAAGACGAAAAACGGCAUUUGAAUAAACAUCUAUCUUUAGCUUUUGUUUUCAUCACUUCA